AUGUUGUUUGAUCAAAUUACUCCAUAUCACUUUAGAAUAAUAGAAUUGACUAAGAACUAUCCAUAACAGCAGUUUACAUUAGCUUUGAUGCUUUUUCUAUUUUAUUUAAUAAUUUAUUCUUAUAUACAGUCUAUGACUGUAACAGAAACAACCAACAAAGCAAACCAAUAGAAAUCACUUGUUUUACUUUUUUGCAACUGGACAGAUGAGCAUCCCCUGAAGCUCACAUGACUGGGACAGAAGGUGACUGUAAUCCACUAUUUUUGGCUCAAAUUGUUGCUUUGUAAAGUUAUCUAGAAAGGACAUAAUUUCAACCAGAGCUAUUUAGAAAAAAAUAAAUAAUUUGAAACAUUGAAUUUGAUUAAAAUCAAGGUUCCCGACUAAGCAAAAAAAAAAAAAAAAAAAAAAGACUUGAUGGAAUACAUGAAUUAUAAGUGAUUCUUUUUAUUUGUUUUUUUUUUGCUAUUCAUUUCAAUUCAAAACUACUAAAAGCGAGUCAGACCCUAAUACAAAUAAGGUUAAACCCAGAAAUUAUUUAUAUAUAAAAAGCUUGAGUCAAGCAGGAUAAAAAAGACAUUUAGGUGCGCCUGGCUUAAAUUCGGAGUCAGAGUAGGAUUAAAGAGUGCCUCAGCCACAAACACCAGUCUUAGCCGCAGAUGAUUGCCCUCCUUAACAAAUGGAAAAUGCGCAUCUGCCGCGCUCCGAUCUGCUGUCAGAUCCCGCUGACGCGGCGAUAAUGAAGAGAAUAUUCAUAGAUGGCGCUUCCAUCCGCAAAAGGUGAUACAUUUAACGAGCUUUUUGUUCGCAGAUGCAAAGUCCCCAACAUGUCAUCGGUGCAGGUGACGCACAAUGACGCGCCCCGACACACAAAUGGGUCGUGCCACUUUUUUUCCCCCUUAGGAGAGCAAACCCACGCGUCUGUCUUUUUCUCCUGAACAGAUGUAGAAUGAACGACCUUCUAGAGUCGGGCGUUUGUGUCUGACCUUCCCGGUUUGGAGAUGUCGGACAGGUUGACGCGCUGCUGAUCUCCCCGGGGAGGAGUAACAAGUCCUUCUAGGUGCGCAAACGCAAAAAAACAAAACGCUGAAUGGAUGCGUAACUUUACCAAAAGAAAUGUGCUUAUUUGAUUCUGACACACUCUUCAUCACUGCUUGGUGAUCCUCCUCCUCCUCCUUUGUCUCCGAUCUUGGAUGCAGCUCUUGACAUCAACAUUCCAAACAUGCCGCAAAGGUUUACGCCAAGAAGACAAACAGCAGAUCAAAUGUGACAGGACGCGCGCGUGGACCCGCCACAGACUUCUCAAUAUUCUCCGGAUUCCCGCCUGCUCUGAUUGACAUGACUGAUCGUCAAUAACUUCCCGCGCAGAAGAUGCUGUCACAUCUUCAGCCGCGCGCGGACGAGGUGUGCGUUAUUACAGCAGAUGGCACCGAGCGCAGCGGUCUGCUCACAGGAUGCUCGGACUAUUUUGGUUACUGAGAGAGAGGAUUUGUAUCUGGGAUUUAUAGCAUUUGGGAUCUAGUCCGGAUCGGAACACAUGGAUUUCUUAAAUCGCUCCAAUUUCUCUGCUGGAAGCGCAAAUUUAACAACAGAUACAAAUGGGCCCCUUCAUUGUGGGGCCAGCCUCCCUGUCAUCUUCGGCGUCAUCUGCUUCCUGGGCAUCGUAGGGAACUGCAUGGUCAUGUACACCAUCAUGAAGAAAACCAAGUGCCGAGCCAAGCAAACCGUGCCGGACAUCUUUAUCUUGAAUUUGUCGAUCGUCGACCUCCUGUUUCUUCUCGGGAUGCCAUUCCUCAUCCACCAGCUGCUGGGCAAUGGGACCUGGCACUUUGGGGCGGCCAUGUGCACGGUCAUCACGGCGCUCGACUCAAACAGCCAGAUUGUCAGCACCUACAUCCUGACUGCCAUGACUCUCGAUCGUUACCUGGCAACAGUCCACCCCAUCCGCUUCAACUACAUCCGCACGCCGUGUGUGGCUUCUCUGGUCAUCGCUCUGGUCUGGGGUUUGUCGCUGCUCACCAUCAUCCCCGUGUGGAUGUAUGCCGGCCUGAUGCCCCUCCCUGAUGGCCUGGUCGCCUGUGCCCUCCUUCUACCCGAUCCAGUCACUGACACGUAUUGGUUUACGCUCUACCAAUUCUUCUUAGCCUUUGCCAUCCCCUUAGCCAUCAUCUGCCUGGUUUUCUUCAAGAUCCUCCAGCACAUGUCCACCAGUGUGGCGCCGCUGCCUCCCAGGAGCUUGAGGGUCCGCACCAAGAAGGUGACCCGCAUGGCCGUGGCCAUCUGCCUGGCGUUCUUCAUCUGCUGGGCUCCGUACUACAUCCUGCAGCUCGCCCACCUCGGGGUGCAAUACCCAAGCCUGGCGUUCUCGUACGCCUACAACAUCGCCAUAAGCAUGGGCUACGCCAACAGCUGCAUCAACCCUUUUCUCUACAUCAUCCUCAGCGAGACCUUCAAGAGACAGUUUGUCCGAGCCGUGCGGCCGAUUAAUCGGAAGUUCCGCGUGCACCCCAGCACCACCGACGGGGCCAGCGUGAGCGUAAGGAUGGUGCCUGAAGGGGCUCAACAGGAGCCGGGGUCCAGGGAGGUGCUGCCCUCCAAUGUGCCCUCGCAUUGACGAGGAACGAAGGGCAAAAGAGCGCCAAGAAAGGGAUGGAAAGACAAUUCUAGUGCUGGUAAACUGUAUUUAUUGAAAUCAUAGCAUCUCAGGACAUUGUAAAACCCAUUCGUCUAUGUGGUAACGCUUAAAAAGGUUUUAAAAAAUCUUUGCUUUUUUCAUAAAAAAAGCAGAUCUGUUUUUCUUUUUUCCUACCUACUCAUUUCUGCACACAUUCACACUGUGCUUGCUAAUUUACUCAGCAAAUUGUUCCUGAAAACACAUAAACAAGGAUGUAUUAUUUUACUGAGGGAAAUGUCAUCAUGGUCUUUAAAGCAGCUGGGGCUCCAACCAACUUUAUCUUCUUAACACAAACCAGCGUGCUGCAGCUUUUCACUGCAUUUAUAUUCAGAUAUCAAAGCUAGGCAGGAAACCUAACCUCCACAUUUUCAGUGACCCCUCUGAUUCAUACAAUCACUGUAAUAAAUCUAAGUCUGUACCUAUGGAGCUUAUUGGUUUUGAGGCUCCUUCAUAAAUCGCUCCACCGGGGGAUUCAGGAUGUAAGCCGUCGACUUCAUGCACUCAGAAAUUUGUUCCUCGUUACGAACUCCAAAUGCUUUUCCCCUUUAUGAUUACGCUACGGUUGUCUAGACUCAUAAACGAGACAAAUUAAAAUUACUUUACUGCAAGUGAAUGAGCUGUGAAAACAAGGACAGGCCAUCGCAUCCGGCUCUGCUGUCAGCCCCAGCUGAUCCAAGUUGUCACACUUUUCUUAGUAAUCCAAUAAGCAGCCAAACCGUCAGCCAACACCACAAAAUGCUGUUUUAGUGACGAGCCCGGCUGGCGAGGAGGCACACGCUCACGAGGAAAAUAGUUCACAAAUUUGGCAGAAAAGUCAGCGGGACCGGAAAACGGCUUUUCCACGCUCAGCCAUCAGUGAGAAGCAAGAGGCAAUAAUUACUUGAUGAUCAGCAGGUGUGCAGCCAGGUGAAGCUAAUCUGAAAAAGUGUCUCGCUAAUGAUUCAUCCAGAGCCGCUCACUGUCACGGUGGGGAAAGAAAAAAACAUCAGAAAUGGUGAGAGGUCACAGUUUAGAUUAUUGUUUAUUUAGAGAUUUCUUCUCUGAAAUAUGAUUAAAAAUGUUGCUGUUUUUCUGCAUUCACAUUUGUUCUCAGAAUUUGUGAUGUUAUGUUUGAAUGCUGCAGCGUCACAGAACGCAGUUACAGUGAAUUCUUCAAGCAGAGAGCUGUCCUUGUUCAUGCACUUGUUAGAAGCUAAUUUGUUUUUCUUUGUGAUCAGUCACAAAAAGCUUUUCUGGCAUUAACAUAUUACAUCUGUUUAAUAGUUUUAUCGCUUUUCAAAACAAUUGUGUAGAAUUAAUUUAUUCAUGUUUAAUUUAAAAUGUUUUAUUUAAAGACCCACUCCAAUGAAAAUAGUGUUUUUGACGUGAACUUUUAGCAUUUUUCUCAUAAUGGAGGACAUACUUGAAGAAAAUUCUGAUUUUUUUAUUUACUCUCAUUGUGGAACAGAUAAAAAAACAAACAUUCUCCCAAGUCAUCAUAUAUGGACACAUGGUUUGGUCCCCCUCCGUGUCACUCUUUAAAUGUAAAUGGCAAAUUUAAAUUUUUAAAUUUCAUUGUACAUGUGCAAUGACAAAUAUAUUCUUUUCUAUUCUUUUCAAAUUCUUGUAUAGCGAGAAGGCCCAAAGCGCUUACAGCCACAGACCCAUCCACACACAUUCAGACACCGACUUUACUGCCGAACACUGGUGCCAACCUUCCAAUAGAACCAAUGUGAGGUUCAGUGUCCUACUCAAGGGCAGUUUGACAAAUGGGCAGGCAAGGCGGGAAUCGAACCCAACAUCUUCCAGUCAGGAGUCGACCGCCCUACCGCUGCACCACAGUCUCCAAAUGCCCACGACUCAUCGUUUUUUUAACAUGCUGGCUGUUCCCAUUAAAUCAGGGGUCCCCAACCUCCGGGCCGUGAACCGGUCCCGCUCCAAGGGCAGCUUGGUACCAGGCUACAGAUGCUAAUCAGUGGUCCCCAACACUCGGGACGCAGUAAUAGAUGUGGACCUGUACCCUAACCUGGUACUGGUUCCCUGUCCGUUACCAUGUCCCGAGGGUUGGGGACCUCUGAUUUAAUGGUGAACCUGAACCUGAACCGGGAUGUAGGGAACACCGGUGCUAUAACCCAGUACCGGUUCAUGUCCAGUACCGUGUUCAUUCCCGGUACCGUGUCUGGGUCUGCUAUUGCAUCCGGUGCCGGGAUAGGGUACCAGCACUGGGUCAAAGUACUGGUACCAGAGGUGUUCCGAGGACCAGUCCACGUCCGGUACCGCAUCUUUAGUGUUGCAGACCCUUGAUUUUACUAACAACCAGCAUGUCAGAAAACAGCAAGUUGGGGACACCCAAAACGUCAAAAAGUAUUCGAACUAUUCGUCCAUAUAUGAUGGUUUGGGAGAGAGAACAUGUCGGAAAAUUCCAUUAGAAAAAGCUAGUAGCAGUGGAGCAGAAGCUACAAUCGUCUGGAUAGCUUCAAUAUUGCUUGGCAUUUUUGGUGCACCGGUAAUGCUAUGUUGGGGCUGUAAGCUAGUAGGAGAGCAUAUCCACAAAUGGAUUGACAGGAAAUGGGGGCGGGCUUACUACAUGUCAAUAGUCCCGCCCACAACCCAGAGGCAAAUUCUUGCUGCUCUGCAGAAACUAUGAUCUAGAAAAUGACUGAAGUAUUUUUAUUUUGGAUAAAAUACUUAUUCAUAAUUAAGAAAGUAAUAAUAAAAAAAACAAACACUGGAAACGUUUUUACAAUAGAUCAAAAGCUUAUUAGAGUGGGACUUUAAGCAGGAUUCAUGCCGUCUUCUAUGGCUUUUGUUUAUUUUUUUUGAUUUGGGGUCACAUGAGUUAUACUGAGCCCUGUUAUUAUGUUCACUAUAAUUCCAAUACUGUGAAGAUUGUUGAAUGGAAACUCAAUUUGACUCGAAUAUUCACUCUAAUUUCUGAUUUCACCCAAAUUACAUCUGUAAAGCACCAAAAUUUAUAAUAUUUAUAAUAGUUUUUUAAAAUCUCUUUCUGUUUGGACACAUACGACUUGUAUCUGGAAACUUUUUGUUCUGUUUAUUUCAAAAAGAUAGUGUGACAUCCUUGACCCAGAGCCGAGGUUUUCUCUCUUUUUCUCACAAACUUCCCCACAUUUGCUGCGUCUCUGAGGAUAGUCUGGCUAAACUGUGACCUGUUGAUUCCAUUACACAGAACCGGUCCCAUUUAUCAGUCUCAAAUGAGAUUUAAAUGAUGCCCAAGGAGAAAUUACACAUCCAAAGUUAAAGACGGGUCAGGGCAGGCUUGUUUCUUUGUUUAAAAGUGCAAAUCACCAUGUAAUCUCAGUACGCUGCCAUGAUCUUGAUCUUGAUGAACUUAGUCUCAAGAGCGCAGAUGAUUGGGCAGAGGUUGGAGGUGGUCCACUAACAGAAACUUCCCAGUGGAGUCUGAGGUCGAGCUGAGCGUGGAGCAAGAAGUGAGACAUAGUCUUUAAAUUUGCAUCUGCGGUCAGUGAGUUCUAAGGGUUACAAUAGUUUUUAAAGGAGACAGCCUGCGAAAAAAUGUGUUGGAUAAUGUCCUGAAGGUACACUUGACCAAAACCAAAAAAGUCAUUUUUAAAAAAAUAUUUUUUUGCAUAAAACUUUAAUUUUCAGAGUAAUUUACUGUCAAUUCAGAUAUUGUUUGAAGGUUUCAACAAACAAGCUGUCAAAUGAAAUCAAAAUCAUGAUGUGAUGUUAAAUAUUUAAGCAGAUGUUAAUUCUUUCAAACACCGACUGUUUGAUCGUGACGAUCAGCGCACGGAAAUAUGAACAUUCUGCCUGGUUCUAAAUAAUCAAAAUGCCAAAUUUUGCGCAGUCCCAUGUGAUGAUUUCGAUAAGGUCUGUGAACACUUGCAAUCUUCCAGAGUUGUGUUCCAUUUAAAUGUUUAUCUUGUGGGAUUGUCAUGCUUCUGGAUGACUCCCAAACACACACAGCAUGGCCUCCACAGGUCGGUUCUGUGGAUAACAAGCAUGAUGGCUGCAUCACUUCAUCUGUCACUCUUCUCCUCCUAAUGCGCCCAUCUCUCCGUAGAGGGACUCAUCAAACCGCAUUUUCUACCCAAUUUCUUCAGAAGUCACUUUUUCUCUGACAGCUAAAGAAAUCUCGCUUUUAAAUUCAGAAAGUAUUGUUUUUCAGUUUUCUGUAUAUAUAUGAGUGGAAAAAUACAUUCUAUAUCUCUUUUUCUUCUCUAACUGAGCCCUUGUCAUGACGUUAAAAAUUGUUCCCUCAAAUAAGCAUUUUGUGCAUAUAAAUUAGAGUUUUGUGAGCACAAAUUACUAUUUUGUUUUUAUUAUUACCAUUUUAGUAGUAUUUUGGGUGAACAAGUUUGAAUUUUGUGCACACAAAGUCGCAUUGUUUGAACAAGUUAUAUUUUAUUUUCACAAUUGAUAAUAUUUGAACAACUUUUGUGUGCUCAAGAUCGAUUUUUGUGCUAACAAGUUAGCAUUUUGCCGGCACAAGUUACUGUUUUGUGUGCACACACAAAAAAAAUUCUGCACAAAUUAACAUUUUUAUGUGCACAAGUUAGCAUUUUGUGCUCACAAGAUAGUAUUUUUGGGCACAAAUUAGCAUUUUUUCUGGACACAAGUUAAUAUUUUGUGUGCACAAGUAAGCAUUUAGUGACCACAAGUUUGCAUUUUGUGCGCACAAAAUACCAAUUUGUGGCAACAAAUUAACAUUUUUGCACACAAAAUAAUAAUUUGUACCCAAAAAAAUUCAAAUUAAAGGGAACAAUUUCUUUAAAAGUCAUGUCUAAGGCUAUAUACAACUGUUAAUGACUGAAUUUUUUUUAAAUAUACAUUUUAAUUUAGUGGCGGUGUCUUAGAUUAUUUUUUCUUCUCACAGACUUUUACUCUUUUUCGUGAAAGUAACAGGAAAACCUUGAAUGUACUCAGAUGUUUUUUGUAAUGAAAAGGUAGAAAGAGGAAAACCGAGUUACUGACUGCAUCAGUUGGGUAUAAAGAGCGUCUUGCCGGAUGAAAUAUAAAGACUAUAUAUAAAAAAAAAAAUGCAAUAUUUUUCUAAUGAAAGUCUAUUUAUUUGCUCUGUUUUAUUAGUCUUUCCUUUCUUUGUGUAUAUUGUUGUUAAUCUCUUUUUAUGGGGACGAUGUAAUAUCUGUGUGCCGUGUUUCACAAUAAAACAAACAAACUCUGUUAGAUAUAUGUCCUAAUUUUAAUCUUUGCUUUGAACUGUGCUCUUUUUGUGUUUGCAUGUCUGUCAGUGUCCAGUGUUUAUAAAAAAUGUAAACAACAACAAAAACAAACAAGAAAUGUUGGAAAAGAGGUAAAAUGUAGGUUUUGAUGGGUACAAUGGUAUCACGUCCCUUAAAAAUGAUAGCUCCACUACUAUAAAUAAAACCUGUCGCUGCUCUUGCAGGAACACUUUAGCCUGACGAUCAAUCGUAAAAGGAUUGCAUCUUCUUUUCAGAAAGGAAACACAAACAAACAGCAGGAUUUGGUGAGCCGGUUCUGAAGAAAACAGCAUUUUUCACUGUGAACAUCUCAGCAAUCAUUUAUAAAGUGAUAUUUGGAUUUUGUGUUAUUGUUGUUUGUUUGUACAGUUGACCAUAUUGAUGUGUUUAUAUUUAUGAAGUAACAGGUGAUCUAGUUUGUUCUCUGUGUAUAAAAUCAAUGAAAAUCCGACCCUUUUAGGCCUUUAGACUGCUGAGAUUUUUGAGACUGAAGCAGCAAAAGCUGCCAAGAUGUAAUCAGAAUCCUCCUUUUGUGUGAUUUUUUUUGAAUGGAUAAUCAUUGUUUUUAAUUCAAAUUGGCCCCAGAAGUUCAAAUGCAGAGGAAAGACUGAAGGGACUGUUGGCAGUAAAUCGACAGAAUACUGAUGCUCGAGAAACACUUAAGUACUUAAGCAGUGACAGCUUCAUUAUUAGAAGAGAAUUUCUUCAAGCCAUCAAAACAAAAAACACUUGCGCACUUAUCUGUGGAUUUUCCUGUUGUUUUGCUUUGAACUAUACUUUAACAGAAACCAUUUUGCGUUCUGAAAUAAACUUUUUAUGAACUUGAGAUGUUUCAUUGGAUUCAGUCUGUUCCUCCCUAAAGCUACAGUUUAACUUUUAAAAUCAGCUUUUUAAACAAGCAGCAUUAUUGAAGGCUUUCAGCCUCAGACGGGAUUUGAAACAAACAAAAGACUGGACCAAAGAUUAAAAAGACUAUGAAUGGCAUUUGAACGCCUUUGUGUUUCUGUGUUGCGUUUCGUCGCAGUGGGAUUUCACAUCUGACAAACUCUCACACUCCAUAAAUGAUGGGAAUUUGCAAUAAUGAGAUUACAUGAAGGACAGCUUAAUGAGUGACGUUCUUCCAAGGCACCACACAAAAGAGAGGGAACCUCAAAAUGAGCUUUAAAAAAAAAAAAAACUAAAAA